AUGCCAGACUGCGUCAGCGCCGGCGUGGAGACGCCGUUGCCGGCGCUGGUCGGCCCCGCCGUCGUGGUGACGGGCGGCGGGAACCCGAAGUUCUGCUCGAUGCAGUACGAGUUGCCCAGGACGAAGACGCAGCCGCUGUUGGCCAGUGAUGGGUUCUGCGGCCCCGGUGUUUGUCCAACAUCUCGCUUCGAAAGCAAGAGCAGGCACCCGCCUCGGGCCCCCGUCGGCAGGAACCAUGUCCUUCACAGCCUUCCCCAGGCUCCCGCUGGAGCUGCGCCGCCAGAUCUGGGCCAUCCCGAGGUCUGCAUCGUCUGGCCCCUCGUCUUGGGGCGGGAGCGGGACGGUCCGGGAAGGUGGGAGAAGCCCGCGCUGCCCCUCGUCGUCGACACGGCCUGGCCCGCCAUCAUGCACGCCUGCGGCGAGGGCCGGAGGGCGGCCCUCGAGUCCGGCGACCUGACCCUCAGGCGCCGCUCGGCCGCGGCCGGCGACGACAUGCGCGUGCCGUACCGCGCGUUCGACCCUGCCAUCGACACGCUCUACUGGGGCGAGGGCCAGGCGGACGCCAUGGACGACUGGCUGGUCCACAACGGCUACAAGGGCUACGGAGGCGGAGGCGGCGUCGGCGUCGGCCGCGCCCUGCGCCACGUCGCCGUCAACGUGGCCGCGCUCGAGCCCAUGGGGUUCCUGGGCGAGAUUGUGCGGCAGACGGCGACGGGGCUGCGCACCCUCUCCAUCGUCCUCCCCAACGGCGGCGGCAGCUGCGGCGGCGGCGGGCAGCAGCAGCAGCGUAGACACAAAUUCAGGACGGGGUUCCUGCCGCCCGCGCGCCGUUGUCGGCUGCGCGAGCUGCCGCCCGACGUGUGCGGCGAGACGAGCAUAUCGAGCGGGUACUCGGAGAGCUAUCCCGACCCCCCGCCCGAGGACCUCGCCGGCUUCGUGCAGUACGUGCUCGACGAGAUGAGCAGCCACGUGCGCCGGGCGCGCGUCACGGGGCCGGAGGGAGGCACCGCGUGGAUCGCCCAGGAUGAAUACUUCGGCGGCUUGGCGGUAAAGGUACAGACAUUUGUCGAGUACGACGGUGGCGGUGGUGGUGGUGGUGGGCGCUGGGAGGAGGUCUGCGGCGCGCGCAUGCUGGAUCGUGACCUGGGUCGGAAGACGCGCCCGCCUCACCUGGAGGCCUCGGAACGCGGCGACCCGACCGAGUACCGCGUCAUCGAGGACGACUGCCUCUGGGAGCUGCUCUCGCCGCCCCGUGACCAUGGAGAUUAUGACCGAGACGACCCCUGGUAGAUGCGGGAUCUGCCAAGGCCUCUCGUCGAUAAUACGUGGUGUGAUAGUAUGGCGCUUAUUUGAUCCUCGGCCGGCUUGCCUGUUCUCAAUGCAAGCUAACUUCGAUGCUACCAAAUGCCUCACGCACUCGCC